UAAUGGUGGUUGUUACUUCUAAGGUCGACAUUGAGAGAGUUAAGACUGUUAUUCAAAAUGCCAGAGAAAUUUGUUGGAAUGAAUUAACAGAUAAUGAAUGGGUCUAUCCAACUUAUUUGGGUACUCUCUUCUUAAGUGAGUAUUAUUUUGAACUCAAGGCACUUGGGAUAUAGAAUUCUUAAUUUCAAGAAUCUAAAUUCACUUAAAUUUUACUUGAUUCUUAACUAUCUGAUGGCUCUUGGGUUUAAGUGGAAGAUGCUUUCAUUUAAACGGGGUAAUUGGAUGCCACAAUUUUUAAUUAUUGGUAUUUGAAAGCAGUAGGUAUUGAUAUUAACACUGAUACAAUGAAGAAGGCUUAGGAAUGGAUUAAGGCUCAUGGAGGAAUAGAGAAAGCUCAAACCAUGACUAAAUUUAAAUUGGCCAUGUUUGGAUAAUACCCAUGGAAAAAAUUGUUCAAAAUUCCAUUAAUAUUAUUUUAUAAAAAGUUUAAUCCUCUUUAUAUAAAAGAAAUCACUGCUCAAUGGGUUUAUCCUCAUAUGACUGCUUUGGCUUAUUUAUAAAAUUAGAGGAUCAUUUUCAAUAUGCCUGUAAAUAUUAGUGAGUUGUAUAAAAAUAAAGCACCAAAAAUAAAAAAUCGUCAGAAAAAAGGCAGACCUUCAUUCUUUAUUAAUAAUCUUGUUUAAGAAAUGUUAAAAUUACGAUAACCUAUGGGUAGUUUUGGUGGUUAUACUGUAUCUACACUAUUAUCAAUGUUGGCUUUACAUGAUUACUCUGGAAGGACUAAUAAGUAUAACAAUGAGAUUAAUGAUGCUUUGAGAAUGGGAUUUGACUUUGUUGAAUUCAAUUAUUUCAAUUUUAGAUAAGCUUAUCAUGGAAGUUUGGAUGAUGGAAGAUGGUGGGAUACAAUAUUAAUAUCUUGGGCUAUGUUAGAAUCUGGAGAAGAUAAAGAAAAAGUUAGACCAAUUGUUGAGAAUAUGUUAUUAAAAGGAGUUUAACCAAAUGGAGGAAUUGAAUAUGGUUAUGAUUUUGGUUAUGCUCCUGAUGCAGAUGAUACUGGUUUAUUAUUAUAAGUAUUAUCAUAUUAUGGAAAUGAUUAUGCACAUGCAUUAGAUAAGGGAGCUGAAUUUGUUUAUAGUGUUUAAAAUAUAGAUGGUGGAUUCCCUGCAUUUGAUAAAGAUAAAAUGGGAAAGAAUCCAUUAUAUAAAUAUGCAUUCUAAAUAGCAGGAAUAGCAGAUUCAGCUGAAAUAUUUGAUCCAUCUUCACCAGAUGUCACUGCUCAUAUUUUAGAAGGUUUAAUAAGUUCUGGUAGAAGUAAUUAUGAAGUAAUUGUUAAAUCUUUGAAAUACUUUAUGGAGACACAAGAAUAAUUUGGAUCUUGGGAAGGUAGAUGGGGAAUAAAUUAUAUAUAUGCAGCAGGUGCAGUAUUACCAGCUUUAAAGAAGAUGAAAUACUCUUUAACAGAAUAAUGGGUUAGUAAGGCUGUGCAUUGGUUGAUUAGUAAGUAAAAUGCAGAUGGAGGAUUUGGAGAGACUACUUUGAGUUACAAUGAUCCUAAGAAGUAUAAUGGAAUAGGAAUAUCAACAGUCACUUAAACAUCAUGGGGAUUAUUAGGAUUAUUGGCAGUGGAAGAUCAUUAUGAUGUAGAGGAUGCAAUCUAGAGAGCGGUAGAAUAUUUGUUAGAAUCAUUUGAGAGGGAUGGUGAAUUUAAGGAUAUCUCAGUUGUUGGUACUGGUCAUAGAGGAUUAUUAUAUUUACAAUAUCCAAGUUAUGCUCGUUCAUUUCCUAUAAUUAGUUUGGGUCGUUAUGUAGAUUAAUAAAAGUGAA